AUGAGCCUUCUCUCCGCAUUCAGUGCUCUGCCCACCAUCCAGACACGAAAAGCCCUUUUGCUCCUCGAUUUUCAAAAUGAUUUUGUUCGCCCAUCUGGUGCACUGCAUGUUCCGAAUGCAGCUGAUAUCUUGGAAAAUAUAUCGCAACUAGUCACUGCUUUUCGUCGCACCGGUGAUGUUAUCUGGGUCCGCUCCCACUAUGAAUCGCAUCGACCCCUCAUAGAUUCGGACUUCCAGGACCGGAUAGUGCUAGGUCGUGACACGGAUGAAAGGCCCGAGCGACCCAGCUCGAAAACACCAGUCGAUGAGGAAGCGUUUCUAUCGAGCGAGUCUUCGCAAUGUUGCCGGCCGCAGUCGAGCGGCUUUCAAUUCCCCGCACCCAUUUUGGCUGCUAUCGAUGCCGAAAAUGACACUUUGAUGGACAAGUCGGAUUACUCCGCUCUACAAGAUGACGGAAUGAUACUUUCUCUUCGCACAAGAUUUAUUACGGAGCUAUAUCUCUGCGGUUCGCUCUCUAAUGUCUCAGUGUAUGCUACCGCCCUCGACGCUGUUCGCCACGGCUUCUCUGUAACCCUCAUUGAGGACUGCCUGGGGUUCCGCGAUUUCGUACGUCAUGAGGAAGCUAUGCGCCGCAUGGCCGAUAUUUUUGGCGCCAGUGGGAUUACAACUCAGGAGCUAUUCGAAGAGCUUGAUUGGCAAGAGACUGACGCUAUUGCUCGUCAAAGUACACACAGACCCGUGCGAGCUGUUAUGCCCGCUGGCAUCGAAGGCGUCAUGGAUGAACUCGACGUCAAAACAAUCCGUGGGCCCACGGCCAACGAGGGAACAGCGGAGUCGUUGGGCAGUCGGCGACGGAGACUUGAUGCUCUCCUAGCAGAGCAGACUGAUGGCGAGGAAGACGAUCCGUUGGAUCUGACAAAUCUGACCCGCUCCCGCUCUCGCUACGGUCCAUCCGGCUCACCAGGAAGCUCGUCUCAAGCUCAUGGUGCAGGAGAAAAGAAGGCACGUGUACGUGUGCGUCGCACAAGACGACAAGAUCAAAAGGCGGAGGCGUCUAAUCGGACAGAAGAACGACGGAGCGGUAAGACGAAAAAGUCGCGAGAUAUACGCGGGCCGGGUGAUAGGAUUGGAGAGGGUGAUUCCCGCAUCAUUUAUGACUUGGACCUACCUGAAGACGCCUUUGCGAGUAUCCGCAGCGAGGUCGCUUGGCAGAAGAUGUACCAUAUGUCGGGGCAAGUUCCUCGCCUUGUCGCAGUCCAAGGACAAACACAGGAUGACGGAUCCAUCCCUAUAUAUCGCCAUCCCGCGGAUGAAUCCCCACCGUUGCGCCCUUUCACACCGACUGUGAACCAGAUCCGCAUCAUUGUAGAACGUAUCCUUGGCCACCCGCUCAACCACGUUCUCAUUCAGCUCUACCGCGACGGACAGGACAGCAUAUCCGAGCAUUCAGACAAGACGCUUGAUAUUGUCCGAGGUUCAUUUAUCUGCAAUGUGAGCCUUGGCGCUCAGCGAGUGAUGACACUCCGAAACAAAGUCAAAGCUGCGGACGAAGACCAAAGACCCACGCAGCGCAUACCCAUGCCACACGAGUCACUCUUCAUCCUAGGUGAGAAGACGAACAUGCGCUGGCUGCAUGGCAUACGGCCCGACAAGCGACUGGCGGCGGAGAAAUCUACCGAAGAGCUGGCUUAUGGAGGCGAACGUAUAUCGCUCACCUUCCGACACAUCGGCACUUUCUUGAACGGGGCCGGUGAUGCAAUCUGGGGCCAAGGAGCUGUCUCCAAAGACCAGAGUCAGGCGAGUACCGUAAUUCAUGGAGACCCUGGAGAGACAGAGCGGCUGGUUCGCGCGUUCGGCCAGGAGAAUCAGGCCACCGAGUUUGAUUGGGAUGCUGUGUAUGGCGGAGGGUUCGAUGUGGUCAACUUUGUCACCACAUCGACAGCUAAGUUGGUUGAGGACUCCGACCCUGUGUCCAAUCUCCGAGUUCGACUCGCGCUCAGUGAGAAUGGUAUCCGAUAUGAGGUUUCGGCUUCUUCAGAGGAUGCAAACAGCGUGGAGGGAAAGGCGCGGCCGGUUUUGAUUACAGCUGACGGCACUGAAGUUGCUGGGGAGCUGGAUAUUAUGAACUACCUUGCAAAGCAUGCGCCAGAGCUAACACGAGCGGGCGUGGAAGUGCUGCGUGGUGGCAGCCAGCUUCUUGAGAUCAAUGAGCUUUUGCAGGACUGGCGUAACUCCCACAGCAAUGGUGAAAAGAUUGACCCGGAAUCCCUAGAUCGAUGGGAGAAGGCUCUGGAAGGGCAGUACUAUCUUGGGGGAGCAGCACUUGGGCUUGAUGACUGCUUCCUCUGGCCAGUACUCCGAGAUAUUGUACAGACAUGCGGACCGUUUUCGAACGACGAAUAUCCCAAUUUGGCGCAAUACUACCGACGCGUGGAGAAGCGCGGAAUUGUCAAAGCGACCCUGGAGGAGCUCGAAUAA